AUGAUGAUGUUAGUUGAGAAUGAUAUUGUAUUGUUGGCUAAAUUAUUAAGCCUUGGAGACACUUUAAACGAACUUAGACAAUACCAACAACAACAACAAAAAUAUAAUAAUAAUAUUCCACCAACUUCAUCCUUUAAUAAUUUAUCAAUAAAAUUAGAAGAAAAUAAUGAAGAUUUUGUUGAUGAAUGUAAAGAUGAAUUUAAACCUUUAAACGAAGAAAAUAUAAAACAAAAAAUAUCAUUUUUAAAUGUAAAACAACGAAAACAACAAAAACGUUAUCCAAUACCGCCAGAAUUUGGGGAAGGAAUAACUAGAGUUUAUGUUGAAGAAGAAGAAGAGGAAAAUAAAAAUGAAGAGGAUGAAGAUGAAGAAGGGGAAGAGGAAGGGGAAGGAGAACAUCCAAAUAUUCAAUAUUUUUCUCGGAAAAAUUCGGUAUUGAGAAUACCCAUUCCUCCAAGGUCAAGCAAUCGAGCGUUUGCCUCCAGAACAAAGCAAAAUUUACUACCAUCUACUUCUACUAACCAAACAUCAACAAAAAUUAUUAACCACCAACAACAAAAAUUUCCAUCCCCUCAAAUAUCUCCAAAAGAAAUAAUUAAAGACUUCAUUGAAUCAACAUUUGCCACAACAGAAAUCGAUUCUGGCCAUUCCUCAGCAUCCGAACAUCCCUCCCCUGCACCCCCUUUAAUUAUCUCAAAAGAAGAAAAACAACAAAAUUCUUCAAGAUUUUCAACACUUUCCUCUUCUGGUCUUUCAUCUGCUCCAAGUUCUUUAUCUGCCUGUAGUUCUCGGAAUAUUUUUGAUAUUAAUUCUAAUCAAAACGUUAAAAAUAAACAAAAAAAUACAGAAAUUCAAAGAACGAUGGAAAAUAAAGAUUUUAUUAAAGACAAAUAA